AUGUCGACGCUACCCCCGAGCGAUACGAAAGAGAACCGGGUCCCGAUCAGCCCGGAGCUCAAGAACGCGUGCGCGAAGUUAGCCGCGGCGAUCGUCUCGCCGAACGCCGCGUCCGCGAAGAAGAAGCCGUCGCCGUCGCCGAAGAAGCCGCCGAUCGCGGCGACGACGACGACGACGACGACGACGACGACGACGACCGCGCCCGCGCCGGAGCGUAAAAAGGCACCGCGGAAGGUCAUUUCCGCGUCGGACGCGCCGCCGGUCGCGAUCGUCGCGGCGACGACGGCUCAGCCCGCGGCGUCGAUCGCGGAGUCCUCCGCGGAGCCCGUGAACGAGUACGAGCGCAAGCGCGAGGUGCGCGCGUCCUGUCCGUCGUCUGUCGCGAUGGCGUUUCGAAUCUGGGCACCCCGCUCACCUCGUCAAACCGUCCUCCCGCCCCGACCCCCCCCGCGCGCGCAGGAGAACAUCCGAAGGAACCAGGAGGUGCUCCGAUCGCUCAGAGUGCACGACACCGCGCGCGCGCUCGCGACCGCGCCGUCCGGCGCCGGCGGCGGCGCGGUCCGACGCGCGCCGAGCGGCGACGGGCGGCGGAAAAAAAAAGCGCCCGCGCCCGCGCUUCCGCCGCGCAAAUCCCGCCGCCAGCGCGGCGAGCGCGCCUCCAACGCGGACGGCGCCGACGCCUGCGGGCAGUACGCCUCCGACGCCGCGAUCGCGGCCGCGUGCGAGGACUACCUCGACGAGCCGAAGCACCUGACGUGCCUGGAGUGGUGCGAGCUGCGGGGCGUCAAAGAGCCGGGUCCGCUCGUGUCCGGACACUUCCGCGGGUGGGUCGAACCGAAGACGCGCGCGGAGCUCGGGAUCGCGGACGACGCCGCGAGCGCGUGGGAACAGAACGGCGGGGGAAGCGGCGCCGCGGACCGGAAGCCGUCGAAGGGCGAGAGCGCGAAGGAGUUCGCGCGGCGGAUGCUGUUGAAGAAUCCCAACGCGUUCUUCUACCGACACAACAAGCCGAACGAAGACACGUGGCACGGCGACUGGGGCGAAGACGAGAUUGAAAACUUCGUGCGCGUCGCGAAAGAGCACGGGUGCGGGGACAAGUGGGGUUUGUUCGCGUCGUACGUCCCGCACCGCGUGGGGUACCAGUGCAGCGCGGCGUAUCGUCACGUGAUCAUCCCGCGCGGGCUGCUGCGGGACGACAACUUUUUGCUGACGCCGAGCGGGGAGACCAUCUGGGUCGGGAAGCGAUUCGGCGGCGGCGGCGGGGACUGA